CCUUCUGUACUCUGGCAAGCUCAGCGGCGCAAUACCAAAUAACGAAUGUAUCUCUCUCAUACUGCGUAGUUGCUGCUCUUUCUUCAGAGAGGAAAUAUGGUGGACUGGACUCCCUAACACAUACUCUUGUCAGCCAAUUAUUGCACGAUGGUUAACUAGUGAACAAACUAAUUCUGACGGCGUGCCUCAGGACUCUCGGCUGCUGGCUGCUGUUCGGCCCAGUUUCGACCUCCCCGCACGAACGCGUCUAGGAUGCAUGCUGCGCUGCUUGCGAUGUUGUAUUGUUCGGCCGAACAGUUCUCAGCGACUGCGCUAAACCCGACAAACGGGAAUCCGCGCAUGAGACAAACCUUCGGGUCCCGCGGUCCAGCCCUAUCUCCAGUUUUCUUCCUAAUAUCUCCGCAUUUUCAUCGUUCUUAAUGACAAACCUCCCUUUGUUUCUGGCUGUUGUGGCUGUCUUUGAAAUCACAGCCUUCUUCUCAGGGGCUGCGUGUGGAGAAUUUCUCAGGCUUAAACUAAAUAGCUCACCAUCUCCACUCCAAGAGUGAUCGCAGGUUGUGGCCCGCUUCGUUCGAGCUUUGACAGGCGGCUGGGGGCAACAUUGCGCAAAAGUUUGAAAGUUUGAUUGUUCCGCUUCGUCGCCCAUGAGAAGAGCUCCAGUCCCUUUCUGUGCUCUUCCUCCUGUUCGGGUUUCUCUUUUGGUCUAGGCAACGUCCUUCCACAACUCGGCCAGCUAGCUUUUGCUCGAAACCAUCUUCUGGAGAACGAGGAGUGCAUGAUUUCCUACCUUUUCUCUCAUAGAUCACUAUUCUGCUGCUGUCCGAAUACUGGGGACGUCUUACUGACUAACCCGACGCUAUACAACACUCCACGGGUGUCAAUUCUCCCGAUAAACAACGGGGGAAAAGGGGGGACUUUGCAAGAAACGACCAAUGUGAUUGAAACAUGAUGACUUGUUUGAAAAAACAUCUACUUUUGUGCUUAUCCUUAUCUGAAAGAUAUGGUACAUGUAUCAUUUGUCGGUCAUGCUAAGUCUGCCACCAGCUUCACCCUCAGGUUUAUCUACCUACUCUUGUGGCAGCAAAAGAGACUACAUUUCGAUUGAUCUUCACCCUUCUUCUACCUCAAUCAAAAAGUCAUCGCACCAUCCGAAUCUCAAUGAUCGUGGUCAACAUUUGUCCUUGGAUCAAGACCCGCUUCCCGCGAUGUCAGCGCCCAGCCGCGCCCCACCACCAUCUACCUCCUUCUCCUCAUUCCGUAGCGUUUCAGCUUGCAACCGAUGUCGUCUUCGCAAAAAUCGCUGCGAUCAGAAUCUUCCUCGUUGUCAAUCAUGCAAAAAGGCUCGGGUACACUGUGUUGGAUAUGAUCCUACUACAAAGCGGGAGAUACCCCGUAGCUACGUGUUUUUCUUAGAGUCCCGCCUGGCAUACUUGGAAAAAUUGCUUGUGGAUAAUAGCAUAGAGUUCAGGCCACCACAACCGUAUGAAGGAGAGUCUGAAUUAGAGAAGGUAGCGAAAGACAGAUCUGUCUCCUUUUCACAUAAAUCAGCUCCCGAACCAGAUGCAACUGGAGUGCAGCCCCCGGUUGAUAAAAAUACGACAAGCCAGGAAAAAGUGACUGUGGCCAGAUGGGAUACAAGUUCGAAAGUCAAGCGUGAAAGAGAAGGGGAGGAUGAACUGGUAUCAGGUUCCGCCUCGAACCCUGGCCGGGAGGAUAAUCCGGAGCAUGAUGCGGAUAACAAGCGUCAAUCUGAUGAAGCAAAACAUCGGAUCGAUAAUCUGGUAUCAAAUAUUGGUAUGGUAUCAGUUCAAGGCGCUUCGGAUCCGAGAUAUCUUGGUUCCACCUCUGGAAUCUCAUUUGCGCGAGUUGUUUUCUCAGCAGUUAGAAACUCCGUUUCGACAAAUUCAACUGAUCGCGGGACUCUAAAAUCCGGAGAACGCCAGACAGGAGGAAGUUUAGGUGCAAACAACGGUUCAAGUUCUAUGCGUGAUUCUAUUUUCGGGUUGCAGGCUAGACCGACAACGAAGAAAGCGCCGUUCCCGGAUCAAGCGGUGGCAGAAAGGCUUGUUAAUUUGUAUUUCGAGCACGCGAACCCGCAAAUUCCAAUAUUACACCGAGGGGAAUUCAUGGAAGUUUUUCAACGAUUAUAUUCAACUGAUCAGGGGAGGCGAUCCUCUCGAGACCUCUACCUUCUUAACGUCGUGUGUGCUAUUGGUGCAGGUAUAAUUUUCAAUACCAAAAGUGACGUCCGAGUACAUGAGGAUGAACCCCAGCAAAGCCACAAGAGAUCACCUACAUCCCCUUCCCAUAAAAGACAGAAGUUAUCUUUUCAAAACUAUCAACCGGAGGAAUACCACGCUUCCGCUGUUGUGGAUUUAGAGACUUUCCUUGGAUCUUCUCAACACUCCGACGGUUUCGGUGGCCUAGAAGAACUCCAGGCAGUGUUACUUUUGGCCAGUUUUGCCCUGUUGCGGCCUGUCGCUCCUGGCCUAUGGUAUAUAAUAGGCGUUGCAGUGCGCCUGGCUGUAGACCUUGGGCUACAUUAUGAGGAUGGAACCGGAAUUGAUUCUAUUAGUGAGCAAGAGGAGACUGCCCGAAAAAUGAAAUCCAACGGUGUCCAGGGCGGUAAAUCCGGACAAGACGGUAAAGUGAGAUUGAAGAUCGGUUCUCGGGAACGUGGGCGGCGGGAAUGGGUUCGGGAUCUCCGCAGGCGAUUAUGGUGGUGCACCUACAGCUUUGACAGGUUGGUCAGCACCUGUGUUGGACGGCCCUUCGGAAUCACUGACCAGGUCAUCACAACCGAAUUCCCUUCGCUGCUGGACGAUAGAUACAUCACCAAGGCCGGGUUUCUCCAGUCUCCGGCAAAUACGACUAGUUACAAAUAUGUCUCUCAACACUACUUCAAACUUCGUCUUUUACAGUCGGAAAUUCAACAGGUCCUCCAACACCAGCAAGCAACGAUGGCGAGGAAGAUCGGCAAGAACCGCAAUAAUUCGUUCAUGCAUACAAAGCUCCCGUCGCCUUUCCUCGCUAAUUUUGACUCAUUUCGUUCGUGGAGGCGGGAUGUCCAUCGCCGCUUGUCGGACUGGAAAGAUUCUGCCCCGAUGCCUCAACAGAUUGGGGUUCAGUUUUCUGUUGAGUUUCUAGAGAUCAAUUAUUGGCAGGCGCUCAUUAUGCUAUAUCGUCAGAGCUUGGUCGUGCCGGCUCCGUUUGCUAGUGAACAUAGCCUCUCUGACGACGUGUCGAGUCCGUCGAUGACUAACAUUGAGGAUGCGGAGGAUGAGGACGAUAUUUAUCUUAACGUGGCGGAGGCUGGACAGAAAGUUCUAAGGAUAUAUCGUCACUUACAUAGGGUUAGGUUGGUAAAUUAUACCUACUUGGCUACACAUCAUCUUUUUAUGGCGGGAAUAUCAUUUCUAUAUGCAAUUUGGCAUUCACCUGUUGUUCGAAGCCGGCUAACUUUAGAUGAGGUCGACUUCACUAUUCUUGCCGCAACAUCUGUUCUGGGCGAUCUCAUGGAAAAGUGUCCCCCUGCCGAAGCUUGUCGGGAUGCUUUUGAACGUAUGAGCAAGGCGACUGUUCAAAUGUGUCUCUCUACUACUGGAUUUGGUUCUGAUGCGGCUAUUCUUGGAGCAUCUGGGCUGAGAGCUCCAGGAGUGCCUGUUCGAUCCAAUCCUGCUCUGGGAGCGAUGCAACCUUGUGAAGAACAACAAUUUUCGUCGAUAACCGCGAGGACACAGCAGCAACGACAAGAACAGAAACCUAAGCAACAACAACAUGCGCGUUUCCGGCCGCAAUACGAUAUGGGACUCCAAGACAUUUCCCCUGAAUUGAUGAAUGAAGGUGGUCAUCAUCCACAGCCACCAUAUCGCGACAAUGGCGACCACAUCCCUCAGCGCUCCGUGCGAGCGAACCAAUACCCAUCCCAUCAACCCCAAGCCCGGCAGUCCUAUCCAGCCACGCAAGUCAAGUAUGAUAAUGCGGGCUCUUCGACACAACAAACAAUCUCCCAGCGCCAUCAACCGCAACAACAGCAGCAGCGCCGCCAACACCCCCAGCAGCGUCGCCAGCAGCAAGAAUAUACCUAUCCAACUCAACUGCAACCGCAGCAACAACCCCCCUACGAUCCCCACAAAAGAACCACCACCAGCCCUUUAACGCCCGUGGCCCCGCACCGCGGCGACCGAGAAUACUUCCCCCCCAACCAAUUCCUGGACAUAGUUUCGCCCACGCACACCACCAGCCCCGGCAUCGCCAUCGCCCAUAACCAAGAUAGCAAUGCCAGCAACAGCAAUAACAACAGCCAUAAUCUCUACGAUCCCCCAGUCCCUGGGUUUGGGGACGCCUCAUCAUUAGUAGGUGAUAGCGGACCGAAUGUGGUGGGUACAGGUCUAGAUUUGGGAUUCGGCAUGGCGAUCGAUUUCCAGCACGAUUGGAGCGAGGGGGCUGGGUAUGAUUUGUUUGAUGGGUUCUUUUUUGGGGCUGUCGGGAGUGGUGCUGGCUUUGGGCUUGGAAAUGGGGAUGUUGAGGAUGCUGGCAAUGAUGGAGGUGGGAGUGGGAAUGCGGAUGUCAAUGCGAAUGAGCAAUAACAUCAGCGGAAACAUUGAGGGGUGGGGGGGGGGGGGGAGAUAGAUUGAAAAUAUGGGGAAUUAAAAUUUACUCUACAUGUGUCUCUUCAUCUUCGUUGGAUGAAUAUUUGAUGAUGUAUUAACUUGUUGAUUCCAUUCCCAUCCAUGUAUAUACGUGUUUAUGAUUGCACGCUUGCCUCUUCUUUUCUUUUCUCUGGUAUUUCUCUGCAUUCCUGUUCAACUUUCUCAUCUCAUCGUAAGCUUACGUGAGCGUUCUAGGGCAUUUAUGCGCUUAUUGGUGAGGGGGGUCGAUAUCGAAACCUUUUUCCCUGAAUCACAGAAAACAUUCGUCUUCCAUAUAUCCCCUCCCAACAACGAUCCCAAAGGCAAGCUAGAACAGCUUUCAAACGCGCAAAACAAGGAAAAUAUGUUCAUGCUGUCCAUAUCUGCAGGGAAUAAUACUCUCUGGAUAUAUUGAAUCAAAACUGUAAAAUCCCGAGCUUGACACCUCUAGGCCCAUUAUACUCGUUCCCAGUGGACCGGUGCCAUUCCAGGAGCACCAGGCUCCGGCCGAAGUUGACGACCAUGUAACAGUGUCCUGGGCUCACGAAUUGUCUGGGAGCACAGGGUGGGGGACGUUUGACAGAAUGUGAUGGUGAGGUUCGCCAAAUUGCUUAGUGUAUGACCUAAAUACUUCAGGAAAAACCCUUCAACUGUAUUUAUCCGUUUUUCCCUAGUCGUGGCAUCCAGAUACUUUUCCCCAUGUUUCGUCAUUUUAGUAGUUUUGCUGGCUUUGUUGGGCGAUGGAAAAAUCCUGGCUUGGUGGAACAUUUUUAUGUAUGGAGUAUAAAUAACUUAUAUAUCUUGAACGCUUUUGUGGUGUCAAGAAGACACUCAAGCUGAAAUCGAGAAAGGGUGG